AUGGCACCGGAUAAGAAAGACAGCGCGGUCAAGGCGAAGCAAAUGGAGGCUUUGAAGCGACUAGGGCAUUCCGAGCUGAAGCUCGAUGAAUACGAACGCAAAGUCGCAAACGAAGUCAUCCACCCUGAUGAUAUUCCAGUGACAUUCAAAGACAUUGGCGGUCUUGAUCCCAUUAUCUCUUCGCUCCGAGAAUCCGUGAUAUAUCCUCUUCUAUAUCCCAACCUCUUCACCUCGUCUUCGUCUCUUAUUGGAGCGCCAAAAGGCGUCCUUCUUUUCGGACCACCGGGAUGUGGGAAAACGAUGCUGGCGAAAGCACUCGCGAAGGAGUCUGGUGCCACGUUUAUCAACAUCGCUGCCUCCGUUUUGACCAACAAGUGGUAUGGAGAGUCGAAUAAGCUCGUGGCGGGUCUAUUCAGCCUCGCUCGCAAAGCACAACCUGCUAUCAUUUUCAUUGAUGAAAUCGACUCUUUCCUGAGGGAGCGGACAAAGGGUGAUCAUGAAGUGACGGGCAUGAUGAAGGCGGAAUUUAUGACACUAUGGGAUGGCUUGACCUCAGGCACCGAUAGAAUCCUUGUCCUUGGUGCAACCAACCGCCCGAAUGAUAUCGACUCAGCUAUCUUGCGUCGAAUGCCAAAACGUUUCGGCAUCGGAUUACCUGAUCUCGAACAAAGAACGAAAAUUCUCACCCUGAUGUUGAAGGGGACCAAACUCUCGCCUGACUUUUCUAUCUCGAAUCUCGCGUCUCAUACAGACGGCCUCUCGGGCUCUGACUUAAGGGAACUAUGUCGGAAUGCCGCUAUGGUACCAGUCCGAGAGUUCAUGCGGAGUACGUCAGACAACCAUGACUUGUUGAUGAAGGGGCAACUGGAGGGCUUUGACAUACGUCCUCUUACUCUGGACGAUUUCUUUGCCCACGAUGGGUCUAGCCCGCUACCUCCCAUCGUCGUAGACGAUCGUUCUCGACUAGACGACUUUGAUGGAGAACCGCUUGAUUGA